UUAUACUUACAAUAUCCUCCGGGCAGUUAUUACUGAGCGUUCCGAUAAUCAACAUGCGGUUACUGUGGCUUUGUUUGUUAUUGCAAUCGGUGCUUUAUUCUGAAGCAAGUUUUGGGACAUCUUAUUUGGAAAAUUCACGUCUCUGUCAUAAUUGGAGCUGUGUGAAUUCAAAACUUGGACUACCAAACUCCUUGCCUUCCCGUGAGCAGUAUACCCAGGUUUUUAAGUCUUUGCUGCCUCCAGGGGCAUGGCAUGACGUAGUUGGAAGGGUCCUGGAGACUUGCUAUGAACAUCGGCAAAGGAAUUAUGUUAGCACAUGUCCUGGACAAGCAUUGUUACAUUGCACUGUGGACAAUUUGAUUGAGAACUGUCCUGAAGAAAGUACGAGAAAGGAUGAUGGAUGUUACCCGGUAUCAUCUUUGGCUGGAACAAAAUACAUGUUUACACAAAGUCGGUACGAGAAUCUUGAGAAGAACUUACCAAGGGAACGUAGACCUGCCUGGUUUAUGAGAAAUUAUUUCAACGCAAAAUGCUGCAACUUGCCCCAACUGAUCAACUCGACAGUUCUAAAGGAAUGUGGAUUCAAUCACUUUAUCAAUUAUUACGAUCAUAAGCCAAGAACUGAACUUAUUGGGCCUCAACCGCAUUAUAUGAAACACGCAACUACGCAAAAAGCAAUCAAACACAACUCUAGAAUCUUUGAUUUUAAUAGCAUUCCCGUAACCGAAAAGCGACCUGAAGACGAUGAAGACCAGUUGCGAAUUGUAUCUCUUUAUCCUGAGGAAAACAAUAACGACGCACUAUCAUGCUGCGACAUGUCAGACUUCAUUGACCCGUCUUGGCAAUCCGAGUGCGGUUUCAACCUCAACUGGGACAAGCGCUCCCGUCUGAAUGUUGCCGAGAACUUGGCCGCGACCACUACCGUGCCUCCGACUACCCCCGCUCCGGUGAACAAGGAUGUGAGGGUCGUGCCAUUGUCUUGCGAAAAAGAAACAUGCGUGUUCCGAAAGCUGAAUAUUGUCUCAGAAUCAGGUUCCGUAGACAUGGAUGCUUUCUCGAAGCUUCUGGACAAUUUCACGGGAGUGCACCCGGCUUGGGCAAAAGCUAAGGCCAGGGUCAUCACCAUGUGUAUUAGCAGGCCUAACCAUGGGUACCAGGGUGAUUGUGAGAUCAAUAAGCUGUUGGCUUGUACGCUCGAUGUGCUUUCGGAGAAUUGCCCGUAUGGGAGUAAAAAUGACUCAUGCAGACACUCAAGACGUAACAAUACGGUCUGUCAGAUAAGUACAUCAAGAUACAGACCUAAAAACCGCCGAGCCAUCUGCGGCCUUCCCAACUUGGUAAACAGUGAAGUGCUGUCAGAGUGUGGCGUCACGUCCAUCAGUCGCUCCGAGUACGUCCCGGAGAACAAGCCCAAGCUAGUACAGGGGUGGAGGACUUCUAAAUAUGCGUGCAAAGACUCAACCCCGCCCACCGCCUGUAUAAUGACGAAGAUGGGAAUCCUCAACACGUACGGUUUCAUGGACUACUUCAAGAUGAAGGACCGCAUCCGAUCCUUCACCAGCAAGCACCAGGAAUGGUCUCCGUUCUUAGACGUUUACAUAAACGCGUUCAGUGGGAUGCCUUUGUAUAGAGAGCAUUGUAAUUCGCCGAAGAAACUUCUCAAUGUGGUUGAUGCUAUGCUGAUGACAUGUCCAGUCACAAAACGGAGUAAGUCACCGCAAUGCAUACAACUUCUCAUUGACAUGACCAACACAGCGCCGGUCAACGACAAUCAGAACGUGACCAAAGAGAAACUAAACUCUAUUCUCCAGCACUUCAAUCAUAUGUUCCUACCUUCAUCUCAAUUAGCCAAAAAAACAGUAUACAAACGAACAAAUCCAUUAUACAAUUUUGGAAUGCUAAACUCUACUAACAUCCCCCCAGUCGAAGUAAUAGAUCUAAAAACAACUAAAAAUAUACCAGUAAUAUUGCCAGUGUAUAUGAGAACAAGGAAUGAUUUGCUACGUGGCAACACUGCGUCGUCCGGUCCGUACGAAAAUGGCGUCUUUCAAACGUCAUCGUAUUUACUUCACGGUAAAAUACCAGUUACAAAGCCCACUCUGCCCACUGUACCAAUGUUCCCAAAUAUGCCUUAGAUUGCUGUGGAUUGUAGGAUUUUAUCAAUUUGACAGUCUAUAGUCUGGUCUGCGAGCACGUAGAGUUUUGUCAAAUGACCCCAAGCUACCCAUCCUUAUCGCUCGCGCGUAAUUAUGUUGCUGUCGC